AUGGCAGAAAAUUCAAACUACCAUUACAUUAUAGUCGGUGGUGGUAUUGCCGGCUCGGUAUUAGCAUCUCGCCUUCACGAACAGCAUCCCGCGUUGGCCAUUCUUCUCAUAGAAGCAGGACCAGAUGUCACCAAUAAUCCAUUGGUGACUGAUUCAGCGAACGGACCAUUCCUCGUAGGUUCCGAAUUAGACUGGGGAUACUCUACGGUUCCGCAGCGUCAUCUAAACAAUAGAGUCUUGCCAAAUAAUGCUGGAAAAGCUUUGGGUGGAGGAUCAGCUAUCAACGCAGGUGGGUGGAUACGCGGCGAUGCAAACGAUUAUAAUGCGUGGGGAAAGCUGGUUAAUGAUGCCAGAUGGAGUUAUGAUGGACUUCUACCAUACUUUCGCCGGACCGAACAUUAUCAAAAACCAGGGCUAGAGACCCAACAUGGUUAUGAAGGGCCUCUUUACACCCAAUCGGCCUCAUCUACCGGCCGUGAUUAUCCUUUACGCGAAAAUAUUCGAAAGGCAUGGGAAUCCGUGGGCGUUGAGUACAACAACGAUGCCAAUUCAGGUUCACCCCAGGGACUUGGAGAGCUCGUGGAAAAUCGUAAAAAUGGCCAACGACAAGUUGCGAGCGCAGUUUAUCCACUCACUGGCGUUCAUGUAAUGACUUCGACCCUAGUGGCACGUGUCCUCAUCGAUAUCCAGGGAUCGACUCCAAAGGCCACAGGCGUUGAACUCGCAGAUGGCAGGAAAAUUACUGCCACAAAUGAAAUAAUUCUCUCCGCUGGUGCAUACCGCACUCCUCAAAUCUUGUUGCUCUCUGGAAUUGGGCCUUCAGAAGAAUUAGAGAAGCAUGGCAUUAAUCAGAUAAUCGAUGCGCCUCAUGUCGGACAAAAUCUGCAUGAUCACAUGUCCGUAGCCCAAUGGUGGAAAUUGAAAAAUCCAGAAGCUGGAUAUGCUCUUGGAUCCCCCUUAUUUAACAAUCCCAACUUUGCGAAAGGUACACCUUUAGACUGGGUCGUUACAUACGGAGUGCCUCGUGAAGGACUCAAAGCCGCUUUGGCCAAAGAUGAAGGGACAGUAGAUGAUUCGCAUCCGCUUCUUAGCCCAGCCCGGUCUCAUGUAGAGUGUUUAACUGUCUACGUUGGAGCAAAUAAAUCCGAGCCCGUCAUACCUAUGGACGGAAGCCACAUCACAACAGUAGUUCUUGGUGGUCUUCCGACUUCAAGAGGAAUUGUCAAAUUGGCAUCGAUUGAUCCAACUGUAGCACCAAUCAUCGACCCAAACUACUUUUCGACGGAAGCUGAUCGAUACGUGUUGCGCACAGGACUGAGAAAAAUGAUGGAGGUCAUGUUAGGCACCACAGAAGGGCAGAAUCUGAUAGAGACGGAAACUGUAGCAUCAAGAGAGAAACCAUUAGAUUGGAAGGCCAGUGAUGAUGAGAUUGACGAACGCAUUAAAGCACGUGGAAAGACUGUCUAUCACCCUGCCGGAACUGCUGCUAUGGGUCGAGUCGUUGAUAGCAAUUUGCGCGUAUACGGGGUCCAAGGACUACGUGUCGUUGAUGCUAGUGUAAUUCCUUUGCCUAUUACGGCUCAUUAUCAAGCUUGUACUUAUGCUUUCUCUGAGCAGGCAGCUGAAAUUAUUGGGUCUAGCUUUCAACCUCGUGGGAAUUAG